AUUGUUACCUGGCUCACCACGCCUUCACAGCGCCAAAAAAAAAAAAGAAGAAGACUUCCUGCGAAUAAAGCCAACGGGAAUCCAUCCUCUGUCGGUUUGCUGCUGCUUGUGCCGAGCUGGACACAUAAUGGAGCUGUCGUGUGAGUCACUGAGACACCCUGAGGACAGAAGACCGACCAGCUGCAAGUUUGUGGAGCUCCAUGUGCUCUGUGUGCCGGAUGACCAGUGGGAUGUGAAGCUCAAUAAAGUCCCCGCUGCAGCCAUAGAGAGCUUCAUAUCUGCCGGCUUCAUCAGGGUUUAUCCCGAUGUCACUCUGAAAGCUCUGAGAGGCGAGCUGGGAGCUCUUCUGGGCGCUGAGAAAUUCUCCUUCCUGAAGUGUGUUGGCCGCAGUUUGGCACUGGUCAAGAGCGGACAGGAGAGGGAUCUGAAAGUGAAAACGUUCGUUCCGCCAUACGCCCCGCAGCCUGAGCUUUACCUGCUGCCCACUGCGGAGAUCGACAGCAGUGUUUGCUCCCAGUCUCUCACUCCAGAAACCAGCAGCAGCUCCCCAGACCACCAGACCUAUUACCACUCUCCCAAGACGUGCAGCCUGCCAGCAGGAACAAAGGAGCCUAUUAAAUUCCCCCUCAUCCCCCAGUGUUCCCAUCAGCCACCUCCCACCCACAGCCUGGAAGAGGAGGAAGAAGAAGAAGAGGCGGAGGAGGAGGAUGAGGAGCAAAGCUUUAGUUCUUCUGAGACAGAAGGAGAAAACGAAGAGGAGGGUCUCUCUUCCAAUAAGUUGGAGUGGGACGAGCAGGAAUGUUGCCCAAGGCAGCCAAGCAAUCAAAGGGCCCCUCAGCCUGUUUCGCAGAAUAAAGAUUUACGAUGGCGUGAAGCUGAUUCAGCUCGGGUGAAGGAUUUUCCAGAGACGGAAGAAGCCCGCAGAAACAAGAAACAUCACCGCGGAGCGAACAGGGCGGCCCGAGAUUCAGGAGUAGCCCCGUCUCUGGAGGACAGAGAUUCAGGCUUCUCCCUCACAGACAGGCUCAGGAAAUCAAAAGAUUCACAAGCACUGCAGUCCAUCAAGAAUAAACCAACAAGUGGGGUGACGGAAAGUCCAGCGGUGUUGUCUCUGCCCGUUCGGUGCACCUCCCCGCCUCCAGGUCGCCACUUGGCCACGGCGACUCAAAAAGCAGCCGUCUCUCCCGUCUUUCAGAUAAACAGAGAGGAACUGAUUGAGGAAAUCAAGCUGGCGAGGGAUCAGAGAAAGCAGCUGGAGUGGACGAGACAAGAGUUGCUGAGGAGGGGGAAAGAUUUGUUGUCUCAAAACAGACACCGCAGGAACCAAGCGCGUGACAGCUGGAAGAAGAAAUAUUUUGAAACCAAGAAGGCCACAGCACCACUCGAGGAAAAUCUGAGAAACCUACGACAAGAGUUGGAGACAUUUUACAACAAGCUCUUACACCAGCUCCAGGCCCGAGAUAACAGAGGGAAGCCAAGACGACAGGGCAGACCUUCCAUAAAGAACGAGCUCAUCAUUCAGAUCAUGACAGAGAGCCAUGAGAUUGACAACCUGAAGAGGAAGGUGGAGGAUGCCAGGAUGAAGCUGGUGACGGAGAUAAAGUUGAGGAAACAGGCUGCCACAGAGCUGAGGGCCCUAAAGGCUGAGCUGGCCCAGAAGAAGAGCCAGUCCUCUAAUCCUGCUCCCACGGCCUCUCUAGGCUUUGGAAAUACCACACGGGACAGAGCACAAGCUCAAAGCACUUCCACGUAACCGAACACACAGAGCAGCGGACUGACUGUCUGUCCUUCACCUCUGCUGGAAUAUUUGUUGUAUUCAGAGGAGUAAUUGAAAAGAUGACUAAAACUUUUGCUUUUAUACAUUUGAUUUUAUGAAGCUGUAUUUUCUAACUGUUUUGUACCUGAGCUCUGUAUUUUUAUGCUGUUGCUUUUUCUGCAUUUCUUUAUUACUUCAUGCAAUGUUUGAUGUGGUUCUGAUGUGUUCACAGUGCUGAUAGUGUUAACUCCCCAAAUAUUCUCAGGUGCUGAAGGAAGCUAAACCUAAAAAAAGAGAAAAAAAAAAGGUUUACAGAUUGACCAGAAAAUGUUUUAUUUAUAUAAAAUAUAAAGUGCACAGAUCUCAGUAAGCUCAGUAUGAAUCACAAAUACUGUCUUUGUGUACAUCACAUUGAGAUUCAUUGCCUUUUUCACAGAAUCGCAGUUCUUUCAGUUGGCAGAGAGGAACGUCUGAGACGUAACCACAUUCAAAGACAACAGCAAUAAAAACCACAAUAAACUCUGAAGUGCAA